AGAGCGGAAGAAGAGAGAACACAUGGCAUCAUCGACAACCAGGUCCCUUUUAUCUUUCUGUGAAUUAUUCUGUUUCUCUCACCCAGCCAAGCGCUCUGCUUUCUUGCUAUCUUUCUGUUUUGAUACUUACUACCUAGGGAGCCUUUCUCCUGCACACUCAUUUAUCAACGGCCAUCUUAGGCGGACCUAGCUGCGGUAUCGAGGACGGCAAUAUUCUCCAUGGCGCGACAGAAGCAGUCGACACCCUUGCAACGGGUGACCUCGUCUGAAUUGGUGCAUCUGCAUGCAGAAGGAAUCGAGGAUGGAGAAUUGACUCAACGAAACGGAAGUGCUAAGAAGUCUGUUGUCGCCAAUGGAAGCGCAACUGUCAAACCGGAGCGGGAGACUGCGCAGGAGACCCCCGGCCUGACGCAACUCGCGACUUGCGUUCUUGGGAUUUACGCAUCAUUUCUGUCGUGGGGAGUUCUACAGGAAGCCAUCACCACCACAUCAUAUACCGUCCGACCACCGACUGCACUGGAACCCGAACCUCCAACGGAACGAUUCACGUACUCUGUGGUGCUGAAUACCAUCCAAUCCUUCUUUGCGGCCAUCACGGGUUUUACGUAUCUGUAUUUUUCGACACCAAAGGGUCAAAAAGUCCCCUCCGCCUUCCCUACGCGCCAGAUCCUGGUCCCCUUGCUCCUCGUCAGCAUCUCUUCGUCGUUGGCCUCGCCGUUUGGCUAUGCCAGUCUCUCCCAUAUCGACUACCUGACUUUCAUCCUGGCAAAGUCGUGUAAGCUCCUGCCCGUCAUGUUCCUGCACCUGGCCAUCUUCCGCAAAAGAUACCCGCUGUACAAGUAUGGUGUUGUGCUUCUGGUCACGCUGGGGGUCGCAACGUUUACCCUCCACCACCCGGGGACCAGCAAGAAAGUGGCUGCCUCGGCGGCCAAGUCGCAGAGCGGGUCGUCCGCAUACGGAAUCUUCCUCCUCUCCGUCAACCUCCUCCUCGACGGGCUUACGAAUACAACCCAAGACCAUGUCUUCACGUCCCCGCAUCUCUAUACCCGCUUCACGGGCCCGCAGAUGAUGGUUGCCCAGAACGUUCUGUCGACCCUGCUGACGACCGCUUACCUCGUCGCCAUGCCCUGUCUUUCCUCAAACAGCACGCUUAUGGCUCUUCUCCCGCUCCCCAUCCCGCCUUCUACGCAGACGGAACUUUCCUCGGCCAUCUCGUUCCUGUCAAGACACCCCGAGGCGUUCCGGGAGGUGCUCGGCUUCGCUGCCUGCGGCGCCGUUGGCCAGCUGUUCAUUUUCUACACCCUUUCGAAGUUCUCGUCCCUCUUGCUCGUGACUGUCACUGUCACCCGCAAAAUGCUUACCAUGCUUCUGAGCGUCUUUUGGUUUGGCCAUUCACUGUCUCUCGGCCAGUGGUUGGGCAUUGGUCUUGUCUUCGGCGGCAUUGGUGCCGAGGCGGUGGUGCAGAGACAAGAAAAGAAGGCCAAGGCAGCCAAAGCAGCCAAAGCGUCGUAAGCCAGUAUCUUAAUUUAGACUAUUUCCAUUGUAUAAUAUGAUUUCCAGUUUAUGUGUGUUUAAUCUUAGGUGAUGUCCCGACCACUAAAUGU